AUGAGGUCUUCGGUGCUCCGCGCCGUGGCCGCCUCGGCCCUGGCGUUUGCCGGCGCUGUCUCGGCGACGGACCUCGCAGAAUGGAAGACGCGGUCCAUCUACCAGGUCAUGAUUGACCGCUUUGCGCGCACCGAUGGCUCGACCGACGCGGAGUGCGACGUGUCCAAGUUCUGCGGCGGAUCGUGGAAGGGGCUCGUGAACAAGCUCGACUACAUCCAGGACAUGGGCUUUACGGCCAUCCAGAUUAGCCCCGUGGUCAAGAACAUGGAGGGCAACACGGCCGUCGGCGAGGCCUACCACGGCUACUGGUCCCUCGACAACUACGCGCUCAACCCUCACUUCGGCACGGAGAGCGACUUCUCGGACCUUGUCGCCGCCGUGCACAAGCGCGACAUGUUGCUGAUGGUGGACGUCGUGGUCAACAACAUGGUGCAACCUUUCGACAACAAGGUCCCGCCCAAGAUCGACUACACCAAGUUCGACCCCUUCAAUGACCAGAAGUACUUCCACCCGUACUGCAACGUGACCGAGUGGGAGAACUCGACCAACUACCAGGACUGCUGGCUGUACCCCUACGGCGUGGCCCUGGCCGACCUGGACACCGAAUCCCAGCCCGUGGUCGACGAGCUCGGCCGCUGGGUCAAGGGCCUCGUCUCCAACUACUCCAUCGACGGCAUCCGUAUCGACGCCGCCAAGCACGUCAACGACGAGUUCCUCCCCGCCUUCGUCAAAUCCUCCGGCGUCUUCGCCCUCGGUGAGGUCCUCACCGGCGUCCCCGGCGACAUGUGCCGAUACCAGACCCUCAACCUCCUCCCCGGCAUGCCCAACUACCUCGAGUACUACCCCCUCAACGCGGCCUUCCUGGGCGGCUCCAUGACCGACCUCGCCAGCAUGCGCAACCAGGCCGAGUCCGCCUGCAACGACACCACCGCCCUCGGCAGUUUCCUCGAGAACCACGACAUGCCCCGCUUUGCCAGCCAAAACGAAGACAUCGCCCUCGCUCGCAACGCCAUGACCUAUAUUCUCCUCAACGACGGCAUCCCGACCGUCUACCAGGGUCAGGAACAGCACUUCAAGGGCAACAGCACACCCUUCAACCGCGAGCCGCUCUGGUCGUCGGGCUACAACACAGAAGCCCCGCUGUACGUCCUGACCGCGACCCUGAACAAAGUCCGCAACGCCGCCAUCAAGGCCUCCCCGGAGAAAUACGCCACCACCAUGUCGACCACCCUCUGGUCCGACGUCAAUCACCUCUGCCUGCGCAAGGGGCCCGACGGCAGCCAGGUGGUGUUCUGCAUCAACAACAAGAGCAGCGAAGGCGACAGCUACGAGGUCAGCGUCGGCGGGUUCUCGGCGAAUGAUAAGGUUAUUGAGGUGUUGGGAUGCAAGAGCAACACGGCUGAUGUCACGGGCAAUGUGACCAUGUACAUGGCCAAGGGUGAACCGAAGGUGUAUGUGCCGGAGUCGCUGCUCAAGGGCACCGGGUUGUGCGGUAAGACGGAGGCCGACGCGCCUGGGCCGGAUAAUGCGGCGGGUGCGUUGGGGGUUGCGAGCAGUGUGGUGGUUGCCGCGGUUUUGGGGUGGGCCGCUGUCCUGCUUGCUUAG